AUGUUUGAUGCCAAAGUUUUAGACUUGCCGGCAGUAAUUUUUGAUAAUGGCUCAGGAUUAUGUAAAGCUGGAUUUUCUGGUGACAGCUUUCCAAGAUCAGUGAUCUCAUCAGUGGUUGGCCGUCCAAGAGAGUUCUUCACAACGCAUGGAGCUGGCCGAAAGAAUUACUACGUCGGAAAGGAAGCACAAAGCAUGAGAGGUGUCUUGACACUGAAGUAUCCUAUUGAACAUGGUGUAAUAAGCAACUGGGAAGACAUGGAAAAAAUAUGGAAGCACAUGUACAACUGCGAACUCAAGAUCAAUCCAAGUGAUCGACCUGUGCUACUAACAGAGGCUCCUUUCAACCCAUUAAAAAACCGUGAGACAAUGGCAGAAAUGAUGUUUGAAGGUUUUAACGUACCUGCUCUAUAUAUUGCGUUGCAAGCAUCACUAUCACUCUAUGCAUCUGGUUGUAUAACAGGCCUUGUUAUUGACUGUGGUGAUGGAGUCACUCACACCUCUCCUAUAUAUCAAGGCUACCAUCUAGUACAUUCUGGGUCCAGACUAGACAUUGCUGGAAUGGACAUCACCAAACAUCUGAUGACACUUCUUACAGAGAGUGGAAUUUCCUUUAUAAGUACCUCUGAGCGAGAAAUUGUGCGAGAUAUAAAGGAGCAACAUUGCUAUGUAGCCACUGAUUUUAACAAAGAAAUGAAGAAAACCACCAAUGAAAUCGUGACAGAUUAUGAACUUCCAGAUGGGAAACUUAUUAAGCUUGGUAACCAACGUUUCCGAGCCCCAGAGAUACUAUUUACACCAAGUCGUGUUGGCAUGGAUACGCCAGGAAUUCAUGAAAUGGUUAUCAACAGUGUAUUACAAAGUGAUAUAGAUGUACGUAGGGAUUUGCUGAACAACAUCAUUUUGUCUGGUGGAUCAACUCUGUUUCCUGGAAUUGACAAGAGGCUUCAAAAGGAGCUGCAAGAAGCAUUUGGUGUCCCUGUGAAUGUUAUUGCAAAUCCCCAAAGGAAGUACCAUGUGUGGAUUGGAGCAUCAGUGAUCACAUCGUUGGCAUCUUUCAAGGAAAAGUGGGUUACUGUCGCUGAUUAUAACGAACAUGGCCCAUCUGUUGUGCACAGUAAAUGCAUUAAAUAA